AUGCAUACCGUCUCAAAGGAUACUGUGCUUUCUGUAAAAGGCGUGUCCUUUGCCAUUAAAACCAAUGAAAUUCUUCGGGAUAUAUCAUUUACAUCAUGCAGUGGAGAUUUGUUGGCCGUCAUGGGACCCUCAGGUUCCGGGAAAACAACACUCCUGAAUGUCGUAGCUGGACGCCAACAACUGACGUCAGGAGAAAUAACGUUAUCGGGACUUCAGUUUGGGAAACAGUUACGACGUCGACUUGGAUUUGUCCUCCAACACGAUGUUUUCUUCUCAAACCUGACUCUAUGGGAAACACUUUAUUUUACAGCAAUGAUUCGACUACCAGAGAGUGUUCCGAAAGAAGAAAAGUUACAAAGACUGGAAGAGAUCAUUGAUGUCCUCGACAUUCGCAAGUGUAAAAAUACUGUGAUUGGCGAUAUGUUUAUUCGUGGACUUUCUGGCGGAGAAAAGAAACGAGCUAGCAUUGCGUGUGAACUGCUUACUGAUCCAGAUAUUCUUCUUCUGGAUGAACCAACAUCAGGUCUCGAUUCUAGCACAGCUCUCAGCCUGAUUGGCCAACUAAAAGGUUUUGCCUCUCGCUACAACAAAACAGUCAUUGUGACGAUUCACCAGCCGUCAAGUCAGAUUUAUCAUAUCUUCGACGCUCUUCUUCUUCUUGCACAUGGCCAGGUAGCAUACUUUGGACAAGCACACGAAAAACCACUGGAGUUUCUGCAAAGGCUUGGACAUAUUUGUGAUCCUUUAUACAAUCCGGCAGAUUUCCUGUGUGCACCACACCCUCAACCAAUUUCAGAUGGCAAGUUAAAUAAUGGUUUCAUUGCUGACCAAGGCUUCAAUGGUGACCUCAAACGUAAUGAAAGUCACACUCUCAUAUUGCCAAGAAAAUACUCCACAAACACGAUUGUAACCUUGGAUGAUGUUGACCUAGAUUACGUGCAGAACAAGCAAACAAGAUGGCCAACAGACUUCUGGACGCAGUUCAAAAUGUUGACAUGGCGAAACUACAAACAGUCGAAAAGCCGAAUAUUCGAAUAUCACGACCUGAUGCAUUUUGCGGUAAUGGCAGCUGUUGCAGGCGUGCUCUUCUUUCAAAUUCCGAAAGAUGCAGAUGUGUUUAGAGACAGAAUGGGUCUUAUAUUUUUCUGCGUUACGUUUUGGACAUUUGAACCUGCAAUACAAGCCAUCUUAACAUUCCCAACAGAGAGAGGCAUAAUUUCGAAAGAGAGGGCUGCAGGGGCGUACCGACUGUCUGCUUACUAUCUUGCCAAAACUGUGAGCGAACUACCGUUAAAAAUCGUGGUUCCAUCGUUGUUCUAUACGUUCGUGUUUUGGAUGUCUGGAUUGGGCAACGUUAGACAGUUUUUCAUGACUUGGCCCAUUUUGAUGCUCAGCGUUUUUAGUGCACAGGGUCUUGGGCUGCUGAUUGGGGCUUUGUUUACGAACAUGAAAGCCUCUAUGCUCUCAGGGAAUACAGUGAUACUUGUUUCGCUCUUGUUCAGUGGCUUCAUUACCCAGAGAUUCCCUUGGUGGAUGGACUGGGCGCGGUACAUUUCUCACAUCCAAUAUCCUCUAUCGGCCAUCACCAUUAUAACGUUACAAGGAUUGGAGCCGAUAUCAUGUCUUUCAACCAGCGUGUCUCGGUAUCAAACCUGUCUGCACGAUGUGAACGCCACUGUGACCUCGGGUGAUAUUCUGAAGGAGGCGGGGAUUGUCCUUCCGCUACAUUGUUACAUUUCAACGCUUGCCUGUUUGCUUGUUAUCUUGCGUGUUCUUGUAUACGUUGUGUUACGUGUACAUAGAUAGUGUACUGGUAUACAUUGUGUUACGUGUACGUAGCUACUGUU